AAGCACAUUUCCAGACAAAACUGGGACUACAAAGUUUGAGCUUAUUAGUUUUACUUUUACGCCUUUUAUGAUGUUUGAGGAUUAUCUGCAGUCAUUCAUCGAGGUUAAUAGAAGUUAGGAUCACCAAAAUGAUUAUUGGCACUUUUAGUGCAGAUCAGCAGGAAAUUCCAAGCACCUCCUGUUUCACCCUGUAAAGGUAAAGACCGAAUAAAGCAGCGUAGCCACUAGCAGAAAAAAUAACCUCGCGAGUGUAGGGUAACAGAACGUUAGAAACAGGCUAUUGAACCCUUCCAAGCAGGCUUAAUCCAAAGAAGGCUACAUCCACAGAAUCCCUGUUUCAACAACUCUUAUCUAUAGCAGUGAUUUAGGGGAGGUGCUGUUAAAAUCUGCACACUUAAAGAGGCAGCCUAGUGAAGAUCACUCACAAGCAUGAAGGGAUUCAGUCACUUGUUCAGCCUACAGCUCUCAAAGAUUGUUGCAUGAUAAAUGUGGCAUCAACUCCGUUUGGGCAACAUUUCAGACUGAAGCGGAAAGGACUCGAGCGAUGACUUUACCUCCAGCCUUGGCAUUCCUCCUGCUGUUUUCAUUGGCCUUUCUACCCAGAGGGGAUGGUGGGAAAGUACUGGUUUUUCCAGUGGACGGGAGCCACUGGAUCAACAUGAAUAUCCUUGUGGAAGCAAUGCAUUCUCAAGGCCAUCAAGUUACAGUGCUUCGCACGUCCACCAGUUGGUAUGUUUCUGAAUUCUCGCCCUACUACACCUCUAUCACCAUCUUCCAGGACAAGCCCCAACACCUGGAAAGCCAAGAUUCCAUGACGGAGUUUUUGAACAGAGCUCUAGAGAUUCGCCGGAACAGAGGCUCCUUUUGGGGAUUUUUUGAUUUUUACAAAAACUUCUUUGAACUGUUUGGAGAAAAUCAUAAAGAUGUGGCAAAGUUGAUCAUCAGCAUCUUUGAGAAUAAGACACUCCUUAGAAAACUAAAUGAAUCUGGAUAUGAUAUUGUUCUAACAGACCCCGUAUUUCCAGGUGGAGUGUUGUUGGCACACUAUCUCAAGCUUCCUUUGGUUUUGAACGUACGCUGGAUCAUCAGUGGAGAGGCCCAUUUUGCUUUCGCUCCAUCUCCACUGUCCUAUAUUCCCGUUGUGUUCUCACAGUUGUCUGACCAGAUGAGCUUCAUUCAGAGAGUCCACAACAUGAUCCAUUAUGGGAUGUUGGUUUACAUGUACCACUAUGUCUCCAAUCCACCAUACCAGGCGGUGUGUGAUGAGUAUUUAGGAAAGAAUGUAAGCAUCAUGUCUUUAAUGCAAGCAGCUGAUCUCUGGUUGAUGAGGGUCGAUUUUACCUUCGAGUUCCCUCGUCCCACGAUGCCCAAUGUUGUCUACAUUGGAGGUUUCCAAGGUAAACCUUCCAAACCUUUGCCCUUGGAGUUAGAGGAAUUUGUGCAGAGCUCUGGUGACCAUGGAAUAAUCGUUAUGACUUUGGGCACACUGCUGAGUGAUCCUGGUCCUGAGUUAUCUGAGAUGAUUGCAUCAGCGUUUGCUAAACUCCCUCAGAAGGUUGUAUGGAGGCAUGUUGGUAAAAGACCAGCCGCUCUAGGGAACAACACCAUGCUGGUUGACUGGCUACCUCAAAAUGACAUCCUUGGCCACCCUAAGACCAAGGUCUUUGUCACACACGGGGGCACCAACGGCAUCUACCAAGCUAUCUACCAUGGUGUGCCAGUCCUGGGUAUGCCACUUAUCUUUGACCAGGAUGACAACAUGGUCCGUCUGAAGGCCCGUGGAGUUGCAGAGACACUUGAAGUGGCAUCGUUGACUGUUCAGUCUCUGACAAAUACUUUGAAGACUAUUUUGGAGCGAGAACAUUUCUACAAGCAAAAUAUGAUCAAACUGUCACAGCUUCACCAUGACAAACCAAUAAAACCCAUUGAUAAUGCUGUAUUCUGGAUGGAGUACGUCAUGAGGCACAAGGGAGCCGCACAUUUGCGCACCGAGUCAUACAGGCUGCCUUGGUAUGCCUACUAUUGUCUAGAUGUUCUGGCAUUCUUUGUGGUACUGGCUUUGCUUGGUGUUGCAUGGAUAUGGGCUUCCUGUAAAUGCUGCAUUAGAUGUUUGACGAAGAAGAGGAAAACCAAGUUGGAAUGAAAAGGACUGCUGCUUGCUAAUGGAAAGCUUUUUAAGUUGCUGUUAAGUUUUGUAAAAUUUUAAGUUGCUGUCUGACAUAAGGGUUGAUCUCAGUAUAAUCACGUGUUGAUGAACUUCCUGUUUUUUAAAACUUGUGAAAUUCCAAACAGGAACAGAGCCCGCAUAACAAGGACGACCUUUUCUCUUCACAUGUAACAUUUCUGUAAAAUAUAAUUAAUGUUUUAUUUUGUUUUUUUGAGUUUAGCAAUCAAAAUGAAUACUUCAGUGCUAUCUAUCAUCUUCCAACUCUGCAGAGGAGACCUUUUUGAUCUGUGUGCAUACUGCCAAUAAUGCUACUACUGAAGUCAUGGUAGCAUCAAUUUUAUGAACAGUUUUCUCUUUAAUGUGUAUUUGUUUACUAAAUCAGUUGAAUAAAUAAAUGCUGAUCUGUGUCUACGAACAACA